ACUCGGAUAUAUUGUCUGAACACAUUCACGUACCAAACUUUUCGGCGACUCAGUAUAACCUUAUUUUGUCCAAGUCCUCGCCACAGACUUUUAACCCAGAUUGGGAGAGGUAAAAAAGGUCUUUCCAAUCUCGGAUUCCAGAACACCGCAAAAUCCUUUUCACAAUUCAAGGAUAACCAACAAGGUUCACAAUAAGCGACAUCCAAAAUUACAGAAUAGAAAACGGAUAUGAAGUUGUCAGUGUGUAUCAUUACACUAAUCGGGGCUUUUGUAGCUGCCGAGGAGAGGGUGAAACGCCAAUCUAGGUACCCAACACAAGAUGCUGUCAGAUACCCUCCUCCACAAGGUACUGUCAGACAUCCACCCUCACAAGCUGUUGUCAGACAUCCACCCCCACAAGAUGCUGUCAACUAUCCACCCCCACAAGCUGGUGGACAUCAAAAUAAACCCAUUCAGCAGUACCGUCCACCACCAUCAGGCGGCGCUCCAGUUGAUUCUAGACCUUCAUCUCGUGGUAGGCCUAAGGUACGAAAGCCUUCUCAACAAUCUUUGAGAGGCAGAGUUCCGCAAGAGGAAGAACCAACUACUCCCGAUCCUUUGUCGGUAUUGUUAGGUAACUCCAAGUUUGGAUGUUCUGAUAAGCAUGAUGGCUACUAUGCUGAUGACAGUGUUAACUGUAAAGUGUUUCACUACUGUGUGGGGGGUUCCAAGCACUCGUGGUUGUGUCCAAAGGGUACCGUGUUUCACCAAGUCCACUUAAACUGUGUACCCUCCAGCCAGGACAUCUGCUCUCAAUCUGAAAAGUACCAUUUGGUUAAUGAUUAUCUCUACAAGCCUCUUGAAGAGAAAGGGCCUAACAAUACUCUUCGGUACCACCAAAGGUAUUAUCCGGAAAAGUUCUUAUAUGGGGGUCGAGCACCCCCGCAUCCUGCACCCCAACAAGUACAUUCAGCCCCAGAAGCCCAAGGGUAUGCAGAUUAUGAUUAUAGUAGCGCACCCGCAUCCACCCAAUACGAACAAGAACGACCUCCUGCUCAGUCUCCACCUCCUAGAGGGCCCGCUUCUUAUGAUCCACCUCGUCAAUCUUCUCCAGCUAGACGAGCUCCUCCUAGAACUGCCCCAUCUCCACAAAAGCCUUACAAUGUUGGAAGCUACAAACCAUCUUCAUCAUCAGGACAGUACGGAAAUUUUCCUGAACCACCUGCAGAUUUUCAACGGGUUCCAAACACCCGUCGUGCUUCCAGCUCAGAUUCUGGUGCUACUUAUCAGCAAGGAAAUUCCUACGGGUCACCUUCUGGUAGUGGAAAUUCUCAGCAGUAUGCCGGAGUAAAAUAUGAUAAUUAUUAAAACUUGAAAAAAAAAAAACAUCAGCAAAUAGUAAAGAAUGUCAAAUAUUAAGUUCGAAACUGAAAUUCCUAAAAUAUCGUUGUUAAGUUUAUGCGAAAUCUAAAACAUAAAAUUAAUACUUUGAUUUAUAAUUUCUAAUUUGCAUUACCAUAAUAUUGUUAAAAGUAACCGAUAAAUAAACAACUGUUUCGCAAUAAUCUGGUUGUCUUUAAAACAAUUUCCUAGUUUUGUACCUUUUAAGCUAUCUACAAUAAUUUUUAAAGAAUAAGAGAGCGCAAUGAAAAAACAAAUCUUUAUAUCGUAAAGAAGAAACACAUUUGGUGGAGGGAUAAAUUAUACUGCAGGAAGCGCAUAUAUACUGGUGAUAGAUCUAGUUAUUUUCACACUGAAAAUAGAGCCUAAACU